CUCCUCCCUCCCGGAGAGACUUGGCGCGAGAGUUUUUUUCCCCUCCGCGGCCGCGAGGCGCUGCUCUUUCCCCUGAAGGAGGAGGAGGAGGAGGCGGCGGACAAGGCCGCUCUGUGCCGGAGGCGCCUGAGGAGAACGACGCGGCGGGUCCGGAGCCCAGCACGCGGAGCAAGGCGCCCGCGCCUCCUCCUCCCGGGCCCCCAAAGCCCUGGCUUCGAAGUUGUGAGGCGGCGGCGUUGAAGGGCCUCCGCCUUGUAGCAGAAGUUGUGAGGCGGGAAUUCCCCUCAGGACGGAAGGACAGGCCUCGAAGGGCUCUUGGCGGUCACAGCAUGAAGCAGCCAGUAUAAUGAGGAGAAACUAUAGGAUUCUUUAGGAUUUAACAGAACAGAGUCUGGAGAUUCGUAAGAAAACAGGAAGGCUUUCCAGAUUUCUUCUACAAUGUCUGGAUCCACUCAGCCUGUGACCCAGUCGUGGCGGGGAACCGAAACCCGUUAUCCUCCGCACGCUAUGUCCUAUCCAAUGACAAUAAGUCAGUCACAUAUGGAUGUUGGGCUCUUGGAAUACCAGCACCAUGCCAGGGACUACCCUUCCCAUUUGGCCCCUGGGUCUGUCUUGCAGCCACAAAGAAGAAGACCAUCCUUACUCUCGGAGUUCCAGCCAGGAAAUGAAAGGUCGCAGGAAUUGCUCAGCCGAGGCGAGCCACAUCCUUACCUCCCUGACCUGAGCAAACAGUCAGAAAUGGAGUUCAUCGAGACGAAACGGCCCCGACUGGAGCUGCUUCAGGAGCCACUGCUGAGGCACUCGCCCCUGCUCAACCAGAGUCAGCAGGGAGACACUGACGAGCUGUCCAAAGAUCAAAACAUGUCCGGGAAACUGGAGCCAGUCUCUCCAGUCAGCCCUUCCCAUCUCGAGUCUGAACUGGACCUGUUACCAUCCAGGCUCUCCAAGGAGGAACUGAUCCAGAACAUGGACCGCGUUGAUCGGGAAAUCACUAUGGUUGAGCAGCAAAUUUGCAAGCUGAGAAAGAAACAGCAACAGCUGGAGGAGGAGGCAGCAAAGCCACUGGAGCCGGAGAAGCCCAUGUCACCUCCACCAAUUGAAUCCAAGCACCGCAGCCUGGUCCAAAUAAUCUAUGAUGAGAAUCGGAAAAAAGCAGAAGCUGCCCACAGAAUACUGGAAGGGCUUGGACCUCAGGUGGAGUUGCCGCUGUACAACCAGCCUUCAGACACGAGGCAAUACCAUGAGAACAUUAAAAUAAAUCAGGCAAUGCGGAAGAAGCUGAUACUAUACUUCAAGAGGAGAAACCAUGCCCGUAAGCAGUGGGAACAGAAAUUCUGCCAGCGCUAUGACCAGCUGAUGGAAGCCUGGGAAAAGAAAGUAGAGCGCAUUGAAAACAACCCCCGACGCCGAGCCAAGGAGAGUAAAGUACGUGAAUAUUAUGAGAAGCAGUUUCCAGAGAUCCGGAAACAGAGGGAGCUGCAAGAGCGCAUGCAGAGCAGGGUAGGACAGAGGGGCAGUGGCCUCUCCAUGUCUGCAGCGCGAAGUGAACAUGAGGUGUCAGAAAUUAUUGAUGGGCUCUCAGAACAAGAGAAUCUUGAGAAGCAGAUGCGCCAACUUGCUGUCAUCCCACCUAUGUUGUUUGAUGCUGAGCAGCAACGAAUCAAGUUCAUAAACAUGAAUGGCCUCAUGGAUGACCCCAUGAAGGUCUACAAGGAUCGACAGGUGAUGAACAUGUGGAGUGAACAGGAGAAAGACAUUUUCAGAGAAAAAUUCAUGCAGCAUCCAAAGAAUUUUGGCCUGAUUGCUUCCUUUCUGGAAAGGAAAACAGUAGCUGAUUGCGUCCUCUACUAUUAUUUGACCAAGAAGAAUGAGAACUAUAAGAAUCUGGUGAGAAGGAAUUACCGGAGACGUGGAAAGAAUCAGCAGCAGCAACAGAUGCCCCGUAGCAGCCAAGACGAAAAGGAUGAAAAAGAAAAAGAGAAAGAUAUGGAGAAGGAAGAAGAAAAGACAGAAGCUGAGAAUGAUAAAGAGGAACUGACAAAGGAGAAGAAUGAGGACACAUCUGGUGAAGACAAUGAUGAAAAAGAAGCCGUUGCUUCAAAAGGGCGCAAAACUGCCAACAGCCAGGGCCGACGUAAGGGUCGCAUCACCCGCUCAAUGGCCAGUGAAGCCAACAAUGAGGAAGUGGCUGCUCCCCAACAGAACUCAGAAUUCGCCACUUUGGAGAUGAAUGAAAGUUCUCGUUGGACGGAGGAGGAAAUGGAAACUGCCAAAAAAGGUCUCCUUGAACAUGGACGCAACUGGUCUGCCAUUGCCAGGAUGGUGGGAUCCAAGAGUGUCUCACAGUGUAAAAAUUUCUACUUCAACUACAAGAAAAGACAGAACCUGGAUGAGAUCCUACAGCAGCACAAACUGAAAAUGGAGAAAGAAAGGAAUGCUCGCAGAAAGAAGAAAAACCCUGCUGCCCAAAACGAGGAGGCGGCUUUUCCUCCAGCGGCUGAAGAUGAGGAGAUGGGGCAAGAUGGAUCAGGCACCAGCGGCAAUGAGGAAGAGAUGGCCGAGGAGGCAGAAGCUACAGUAAAUAACAGUUCAGACACAGAGAGCCUUCCUUCUCCUAGACCUGAAGCCAAAGAAAACACAGAAAAUGGGCCCAGGCUCAGCCCUGAGGCGAAAAGCAACGCUGAUGAAGAACUGGGUGUCAAACUGGAGGGAGCCACUAGUUCCUCAGAAGCCAAUUCUGUGGCCCCCAUCACCCAGUCGCCUGAGGAAGCCACCACCAAACCAACUGGAAGUGAAGAGACUCCACAGGAGGAACCAUCAGCUGAUGUGUUGAAAACCAAGGAGACAGAGCAAGAGCCCAAGAACCCAGAGCCUGAUGGGGAUGACAUCAAAAUGGAGGACACCGAGGAUGGUCAGGAAAAGGACAGGGCCAAUGAGACACAAGCGGAGAACAGCGGCAGCAUGUCAGGGACUGAGGGAGCAGGGAAGGCAGAUAAAAAAGAGAGCCACAAAAUUGGGAAAACUGGAGUUGCUAAUGCUGACAGUGAUUCCAGUGCUACCUGCAGUGCCGAUGAGAUGGAGGAACAGGAAGCUGGAGACAAAAACAAGUUGCUCUCUCCCCGUCCCAGUCUCCUCAAUGUGACUAAUGAGACCCGGCUCAAUUGCUCACCUCAGAAGCCGUUAGACUUGAAGCAGUUGAAGCAAAGAGCUGCCGCCAUCCCACCCAUUAUUUCAGAAGAGCUCUUGGAGGGAGCCUUACAGAGUGGAAGCAUGAAGUCCCAGGUGCCUCCCCAUGCUUUGGCCCUUUACCAGCAGCAGAUCACGAUGGCCCAUGAGUCUGCCCGGGGGGACGCAGCCCAGAGCAGGCAGUCCCAUCUGCCUCCCCAUCAGCAACAGCAGCAACAACCAGGAAGGGAGCCCCUACUGAGCAGCAGCCCCAGUACCCAGCACAGGAGCCCUACUGCUCUCGAUAGAGAUGAGAAAACAAUGCAUUUCCACUCCCUCCCAGAUGGGCAGAAGCUUGGUGGGGAGCCGGUCAUCACUACCUGCUGGCCUCCGUACCAAGGAACAUCAAGGGAUGUGAUUCGAAGUUCUCCACAUGCAGAACCCCAUGUGUUUCAGUACAACCCCCCAGGUCACCCAGUCUCUUUAAAUGUACAUGAAAGCUCUCGCCCCUGUCUCCAGAGGUUGUCUGCCAUCUCAAACCCCCCUCCUCUCAUCUCCACCAAACAUCCCUCAGUUCUUGAAAGGCCCCUUGGCUCUAUUUCUCAGGGGGUGCCUCACCAGCUUCAGACUCCCUUCAGCUCUGAGCACGCAAAAGUCCCCAUUGGCUCUAUGGCCAUGGGUCUGCCUGCGGCGAUGGACCUCAAGAAGCUGGCCCCUUUCCCUGGAGUGAAGCAGGAGCAGCUCUCUCCUCGGAGUCAGGCUGGUCAACCAGAAGGCUUGGUUGUGCAGACAUCACAAGAAAACUCUGUUCUCCGAGGUACGUCCUUGGGAUCUAUGUCGGGAGGAAGCAUCACAAAAGGCAUCCCCAGCACAAGGCCAGCUUCAGACUCCCCCAUCACAUAUCGAGGCUCUAUCACGCAUGGCACCCCAGCCGAAGUGCUGUACAAAGGAACCAUUACGAGGAUAAUUGGAGAAGACAGCCCCAGCAGAGCCGAGAAAGUGAGAGAAGAUGCCUUGCCCAAGGGACAUGUCAUUUACGAGGGGAAGAAGGGACACGUCCUGACCUACGAUGGUGCCCUUGCUACUGUACAGUGCCCCAAAGAGAAUAGUAGACACCUUGGAACCUCCCAUGAGACCGGUAGCACCAAACGGACCUAUGACAUGAUGGAAGGAAGGGUCCCACGUGGUUUAUCGGGACACGAGUUAUCAUCUGCUAGUAUUGAAGGUCUCAUGGGCCGAGCCAUCCCACCAGACAGGCACAGUCCCCUCAACAUAAAAGAACCACAUCACAUCCGGGGCUCUAUCACCCAAGGCAUACCUCGAUCCUAUGUGGAGGUCCCCGAGGAUUACCUCAGAAGAGAAGCCAAACAACUCAAGAGAGAAAGCACACCACCAAGAGACCUCCCCGAGGCCUACAAGGUCAGGACUCAUGAGAGCCUCACCCCUUUGAAAACGAAACCAGGACAUGAAGGCCUCAUUGCCACUGUGAAGGAAGCAGGACGAUCAAUCCAUGAGAUUCCCAGGGAGGAACUGAGGCGCACACCUGAUGUCUCUCUGAUGACAAGGCCCGUCAAGGAAGGUUCUAUUACCCAGGGCACCCCCCUGAAGUAUGACAACAGCCCUUCCGCAAGUGCCAAAAAGCAUGAUGUCCGAUCCAUUAUUGGAAGCCCUGGGCGAACCUUUCAUCCCGUGCAUGCGAUGGAUGUCAUGCAGGAUCCAAGGACUCUGGAAAGAGCCUAUGAUGAGAGCUUGAAAAGCAGGCCCAGCCCUGUGGCAAACACAGGCGGCUCCAUCACAAGGGGAGCCCCUGUGAUUGUGCCAGAGCCCGGGAAGCCUCGCCACAGCCCUCUUGCAUAUGAAGACCACCCAUCAGCCCAUGGGGCAGCUUUCGGCGGCCACUUGCACCGAGGGUCUCCAGUGUCCACAAGGGAACCAACCCCCCGGCAACAUGAAGGAAACAUCACUGCUGGAAAGCCCAUGUCCCAGGACAGAAAGAUCACCCCAACACCAAGGGAAAUGGCCAGCUCCAAGUCUCCUCAUGCUACCCUUGCAGAACACCAUCACCCCAUGUCUCCCUACGAGCACUUGCUCCGUGGCGUCAGUGGCGUGGACCUUUACCGGGGACACAUUCCAUUGCCCUUCGACCCUGCGGCCAUCCCCAGAGGAAUCCCCCUGGAAGCAGCAGCUGCUUAUUACCUGCCGAGGCACUUGGCUCCUAGUCCAACAUACUCCCAUCUGUACCCACCCUACCUCAUCCGUGGCUACCCAGACACCGCCGCCAUGGAGAACCGGCAGACCAUCAUCAAUGACUACAUCACCUCCCAACAGAUGCACCACAACGCUGCAGCUGCUACUGCCAUGGCUCAAAGAGCUGACCUGCUCCGUGGUCUAUCUCCGCGGGAGCCUUCCCUAGCCCUGAACUAUGCAGCAGCAGGAAUAAUUGACUUGUCACAAGUGCCACAUUUGCCUGUGCUUGUGCCCCCCAGUCCUGGUACCUCAACCCCCUCCAUGGAUCGGCUUGCGUACAUCCACAGCACACCCCAGCCUUUCAGUAGCCGGCACAGCAGCUCCCCACUCUCGCCAGGAGCCCCCACUCACUUGACCAAGCAGAUGGGACCUUCGGUUUCGGAACGGGAGCAAGAACGAGAUCGGGAAAGGGAGCGUGAGAAGGAACGCAAGAAGUCUGUCUUAGCAGCCACAGCCACUGUAGAGCAUGCCCCCAUCUGGAGACCAGGUACAGACCAGAGCGGUGGCCGUUCAUCUGCACACACUCAUGCCCAGAAACACUCCCCCAUCUCACCUCGCACCCAAGAGAACAUCCAACAGCGUCCCAGCGUGCUGCACAAUACAAACAUGAAGAUGAUGUCCUCAGAGUGCCUUACUCCUUCAGUUUUACGGUCCUCUUCCUCCUCCUCCUCAAUUACCACUACCACAUCACCAGUUCGCUCCUCAGUCUACUCCUCUACAUCCUCAUUGCGCAGCUCUGUAAGUGGCAUGGAUAACUACCCAUCUGCAAUGGAUGCUGCCCACAUGCAGAAGGAGGCCUCCAGGGCCCAGGAAGCCAAAACAGAACGGCCUCAGACUGACAGCGGCCUGUUCACCACAAAGCUGCCCACUGGGGCAGGUCUAGAAAAGUCACCUUCGCCCAUUAAAGUUAUGGAACCGCGGCCUUUGGCCAUGUCUGGGCCAGGCUCGUCCCACCAUUAUAGCAGAGGACAGGGGAAAAACCAGCCUCAGCAUCAUGCACCCCUGGACCAGUCGGUGGACACGGUUUCGGCCAGUGAGCAGCCCAGUAGAGAAAAGAGUAAACCCUUUUCAGUACAGGAACAGGAGCUCCGAGCACUCGGUAAGACCACCAUGACAGCGGCCAGCUUCAUAGAUGUGAUUAUCAUGCGUCAAAUUUCUUGCGAUAAGGGGAAGCGGGAGAGAAGCUCGCUAAAUAACGACGCCAAUAGCGAUGCUUUCCAUGCAGGCUACAGCCCCGAUGACAUUGAAGCAGUAAGUCCUGUGAGUUCCCCCAGUAUGCUGCAUGAUAGAGGGACAAAGCUUUCCCAGGAUAUGGAGAGAGGACGUGGAGGAGAACAUGAGCUACGGAUCAAGCAGUCAGGUUCACUCAAGCCUUCUGGAUCCGAAAUGCCACACAUGCAGCAGUUCCACCAGCUCUCAGAAGGUCGGCAGACUCCACCAGGCCUGCCAUUCCAGGGAUCGCAGAACACCAAAGGCCACCAGCGGGUUGUCACCCUGGCUCAGCAUAUUAAUGAAGUGAUCACCCAGGACUAUACACGGCGUCAUCCCCAGCAGCUGAACUCCCACAUCCAGACUCCCGUAUACUCCUAUGCUGGGGCUUCAUGUCCUGCGCUUGAUCUCCGACGAACAUCUAGUGAAACCUACAUCCAGCAGCAGCAGCAGCAAAUGCAGCACAUGUCUGCUUCAAGAAUUUCACCAGAAAGUGAAGGAAGCAAAAGGUCUCCAGAGCAAAUCAAAGUGCCUGCUUCUGAAAACUGCAUAGAACCAAUAUCUCCACCAGAUGGAAUGGGAGAAUCAGAUCAUGUGCGGAAUGUCGCAUAUCCCAUCAUGUAUCGUGAAGGGGAAUCUCUGGACCAAAGGAUGGGCUCCAAAUCUCCAGGAAACAACACACAGCCACCAGCAUUUUUCAGCAAACUGACUGAAAGUAAUUCAGCCAUGGUGAAAUCCAAGAAGCAAGAGAUCAUCAAGAAACUCAGCACAAACAACAGGAGUGAAGCAGAAUACAAUGUUGGACAACCUGGAACAGAAAUUUUUAACAUGCCAGCUAUUACAGGAACAGGGUUAAUCAGUUGUAGGAGCCAGUCGGUCCAAGAAAAUUCCAGUACCAACAUGGGGUUGGAGGCAAUUAUUAGGAAAGCCCUAAUGGGUAAAUAUGACGAGCAGUGGGACGAGCGCUCUCCUCUCAGUGCCAAUGCUUUUAACCCUCUGAAUGCCAGUGCAAGCUUGCCCGCUGCUAUGCCUGUAACUGCUCCUGAUGGACGGAUUGACGACAUGCGUUCCUCCUUGCCAGGAGGAGGGAAGCCAAAGAUUGCUGCCAGAGCCAACAGUCGCAAAGCCAAGUCUCCAGGACCAGGUCUGUCCACAGAAAGGCCACCAUCAGUUUCAUCUGUUCAUUCAGAGGGAGACUGUAAUAGGAGGACACCUCUUACCAACCGUGUCUGGGAUGACAGACCAUCAUCUGCAGGUUCAACGCCAUUUCCAUACAAUCCCCUCACAAUGAGGCUCCCAACGGGUAUAGUGACAGCUCCGCCACCAUCCGCCGCCAUUCCACAGGGGAACACUAGCAGCCAGCACCACGGGUGGGAGGAAGAGCCCAAACCACUCCUUGUCUCACAGUAUGAGACCCUCUCAGACAGUGAAUGAAAACAGAGGAACCGUGAUGGAGGAAAACAUCAUGAAAAUGAACAAAUCAAUGUGGUGGCUAUUGAGCCAGCCAGGGCAUAAGGGCUCUGGCUCUCUGUCCUGAGCUGUGGCUGCCCUAGAUCAGGCGCAGGAGCAACAUUGUUCCCAUCCGCUGAUCUUUUUUUGUCACAUCUGGAAGGAGGAAUUGGAAAUCUCUUCAGCUUCAAGGCCUUAAAAACUACAGCAAGCAAAUGGAGCCCAACCCAUCUUGGCCAUUUUGGUGCUGAUAUCAUCUUGGAACUAUUGUGGCAAGAAAUGAACACAAGUGUAUUUAGGAGGGCAGACGAAGGAAGCCUUGAUGGUUCACCAAGAGACUGGAUCUAGUCACCAAAUCUCAGUUAUUAAUUCUCAGGGGAUUCCAUCUGCUGCACCAAUUCUGCCCUUCUUUCCAUUUGAGGAGAGAAAAGGAGAGAGGAAGCUCAUUGGAAGAAGGCAGUGUUUUUGGUUUGCAAAGCCCUGAUGUGUGUUUCUCAUGUAACCUCUUGUAACACAUCCUUCUUGUGUGCACUGUUGUGGUCUGUUAAUCCAGUACUUGAAAUAGGAUAUAGUAACUCUCUCUCCCUUACUUGUGUUUUAUCAUCACAAGGGGCUGCACCAUUGGAAUUGCAUGUUGGUUGAGUCAGGAAGCAAAUAAGAAUGGCUUUGUGGAGGAAAUGUGUGUUUUUUCCCAUUCCUCACAGUUACUUCUGGCUGUACUCUUCUUAAUGUGUAGUGAUAGAAACUUAAGGGAAAUUGCUUGCCCAGCUGAACUUUCAACAAAUACGGAGGCAAGUUUUAAUGCUUUGGAUGUCGAGGGAGGCCAUGGGGUUGGAAAAUGAACAAGGAGAGAUUUCCCUUGGAAAAAAAGAAUGCUGAGUUUGAACAGUAAUUGAAAUUGGAAAUAACUUCUUUAUAUGUAGCACGCAGGCUACAAACAGAGGUUCAACAGAUGAGGGAGAGGUGGCUGUUCGGAGUACAUUGUUUUGUGAAACAGUGGUGUGUAUAUGGUCUACAGGGUAUAUUUUUGAUACCUUUGGCAAAUGCUGCCAGAUAUUUUUGCGCAAGGAAGGACUUUAAAACAGUAUUAUAUGCUGCUUUUCAGUCUCCACUCCUGUACAAAGAAGAUUUUUAUGUUGCGUGCAAGCUUACAAGUGGCUUGUCAUUGUAUGGAAGUACCAAGAGAUAACACUGUUCUGACAAAAUGGUUCUGUAGUACAAUAGAAUGUAUUAACUUAGUUUUGUUUUUUUUAAAAAAAAAGAUAUAUAUAUAAAUAUAUAUAAUAUAUUAUAUAUAUAAAAAUAUAUUCACAAUUGCAGGACCCUUAUAGCUUAUAGUAAUACUCCAGCAUGGAGGUGACAAUAUUUUUCAAGUGAAUUUGUCUUUUUGGGGAGGAAUGAUAGAGGUCAAGAAACUUGCAGAAAGUUUAAACUUGCAUUUUUUUCUGCCUCACCCACAAGUUCUCUGUUUUUCUACCUUUGCAGGCUGGCAUCUAUGUUUGGUUCGAUUCUUUUGCCUAAUCAAUACUUUGAUGCUUUCUGAUUUUAAGUGAUGUGAGCAUGGGCACAAUGGUUUAGCCUUUGGUUUUCUUCUAUGUCUCCCCCUUCUACACACAGACACACACACGCACACACACACACUUGAACAUAGGAUGGCUCAAAAAUAGUGUUGUUGUUUCAUUCAGCACACUAAAGGGAAAGCAUCUGGAAAGCAGCUUCUUUGCUGGAAUGGACUGUAACCAUGUUAUCACAGCCAAGUAAUAUGAGACUGUGUCCAGGAAAUGGCAAUCUUACACUUAUUAACGUUGUGUUAUGUGAGUUUAUUUCUAUGGAAAGGCUUGCUUUUUCCCCUUCCUAUCUUCCUAUCUGCUAAACAACCCCCUUCCACCAGUUUUUAUGACAGAAUAGGUUUUUUUCUUGUCCCAGUGCUUUAAACACAUAUGUGAGUAUGCACAUGUAAGCUCUUGAAAUGCCCCAGUCUCUAAAGCACAUACUUGAAACAACAUGGAGGCUUUUCUGGGGCAAAAUCCGCUAAGAAUUAUCUUUCUGAUCCGAAAAAACUUGUGCUGGUGGAAUACAAUUCCAUAAUUUAAGAAUAUCAUUUCUUGGCCUCUGUCCUUGUGUUCUACAAGGCUGUGCUACCUACUCGAUUUGAGAACUACACCACCUUAGGUUAUCGGAAACUAGGAAGGAUCGAGCGGCAGACAAUACAUAAAGGCAAUGGCCAGGAAGCUACCUAAAACAAAAGAGAAGGCUUAGGAGCUCUGCUUGAAAGAAUUGUGUGCAUAAUUCUCCUGACCUGCAAUUUACUGUACUGAAACCUUUAAUCCUAUUCUGAUGACAGAUUGUGAAAUAAUUCUUUUGAGACAGGAAAAGAGGCACUGUUUAGGAAAGUUACAUUUUUAGACAAUGCCCAGUCAAUAUAAAACAGUGACCAUGCUAGCAUGUGAUGGGCUGUUUCUGGAAGUUAUCAACCACAAAAGUCAUCAUUUAAAGUCUGAAGAAACAACCUUCAGAUCUGACAGUCAAGAUGGGGCCAACAUAUCUUGAGUAGAGAAAAACAUCAGUUCAGAUUUUCUCCAGUGUCAGCCAUAGUCCAUUAACCAACAUACAACUCACACCAGUGUAAUGGGUUGUUAAUCUUAAACCAGCAAAAUGCAUCUUGGCCACCAUCAGUUCAUUUAUAAUGUUAUCUUAUAUGAUCAGCCUCACUUGAAAUCAAAUAAUGAUGGAAAAAUCAUUAUCAGGAAGAGACAAAUCACCAACAAUUUUCUGUCUUUGGAGGAUGUGUACUUCGAUAUUUUGUCUAGUGCUGAACUCGCCACCAGUAAUUUAUCUCUUCUGCUUCUCUUUUCACAGGCCCCUCCAGUUACUGCUUUUCAGACCUCUUCAUGCUACUUUUUCUUAUGCCAGGACACACUUUAUAGUAAGAGAGUGUAUAUUUUUGCAACUAGAAGAAAUGCCCACUUUUGGGGGGCUAGAAACCCUCCCUGGGUUUUCUCUCUCCCUCCUGCUCAUUCUGCCUUUUUCUCUCCUCACUCUCUUCUGCACAAGGCAGCAGCAGUACUUGAGUUGUUUAAAGCGCUGCCUGAUAAAAGGAAGCAGCAUGUGACGUUUUAAUGGAACAGCAGCUCUCAGUCUUUGGCCCGCCAGACGUUUUGGUCUUCAGUGCCCAAAAGCCUCAACCAGCAUGUCCAAUCAUCAGGGGUUCUGGGAACUUUGCAAGGCCAAAGCUUGAGAGGCACUGCUAUAAAGAUCAUGUGAAAAACUAAAUUUCACAGGCCUUCCUCUUUGCCUGUAAGGUAGAUUAGGGUUUUGCUCAUUGUCCAAAAAUAGUACUGUAGCUUGCAGCCAGAUUUUAAUUAGUUGACAUUAAUUAAUUCAUUGGGGAAAAGAGCCCCAAAAUGUAUACCUACAGGAUUCCACCAGUGUCCAAGCCAAUUUUCAGAUAGCUAGGAUCCAUGCUGAACAUACGCACUUAAACGCAUGCACACACAAGGCCUUUCAUUAGCAAGGCCUUUCAUUAGCAAGGGCAGAAGUCAGGAGCCCACAGUGCAUGAGAGCUUCCUGACCUGUGUGCUUCUAAAUGUGUGUGCUGCAUUUCAUACCUUUUAGGAAACACACCCUCCCUUACCUUUAGUUUAUUCCACAGAGGAAAACAUUAUGUAGGGCAGACUAAACAGCCAUUGUUCUACAGUCAGUAUCUGCCCAACCUUCAGAAAAACUUCCUGGUUCAUACAGUCCACACACAAAAACCAUGAUUCCAUCACUUACCCAUAAAAUCAGAAGUCCUGGCUACAGCAGAACCAUUUGCAGAGACCAGGUAGGGUUUGCUCACAUUCAACAAGGUUAUUUUCUUUUUUAGACCGUGUUCAAUUGGUACAACUUCACUCAGCCAAACGCAUUCAUAGUUUUGGAACAUAAUGCAACAAAAUCUCUUGCCAUUUUUUGUAAGCUGAGAUUGCAUAUACAUUCCAUUAAGGGGAUUUGUGACCCUUUUUCUCCCUUCCAAAAGGUUAUUCCCAUAUUGCCAGAUGGUGUACAUUCGCUGUAUGUGUGUGCGUGGUUGUGUGUGUAUGUGUGUGUGUAUAUAUAUAUAUAUUUAUAUAUAUGCUUGGAUUCUGUGUAUACAUAUGAUUCCAUUUGUGUGUGCAUGUAUACAAGGUACAUACACACGUUUUCUUGUGCCUGAAUCAGUGGCCUGGCACAUAUCCAUGUGCGUGCUUGCAUGCACAAGCCAGAUCUUGGUAAAACCCAACUCACUAUGAUUCAACCAAAUGCUGACAAGCAUCAUCCCCAUUAACCGUUAUCUCUAUGUAAGAUGAGCGCCGAGCACUGUGUGUUAGCUUCAAGGAAAGCCAUUCUUCAUACACAAUUGUCUGCAUACUUUGUGUAGGGUUUUGUGACAUAUAGAUCUCUAUUGUGCUACCUGCUAUGAUUUUUUUUAUUAAUUGUGCAAUCAAGAAAAAAAGAGGAAGUUAUGUUAAACUAUUAAAGUUUGAAGUGUUAUCAACUUUGUAAUUUGUACAAAUACACACAAAAAAGAUUGAAAGGACAGUUUUAUUGUUUGACCUGUACAAGUGAGCGGGUGGGAGAAGAAAUCUCUAUCUUUUGUACAACCAAAUUGUGCAUAGCUGUUUCAAAGCAAGUUGUAUGAUAGAAUGGACUGUACAUAGAAACUGCUGAGUUGUAAAUAUUUAUGCAGCUUGCUCUAAAAGGUUGGGGCUUUUUUUCUUCUACUGAAAGUGAAGUUUUGUUCACUGUUGUUGUGUUUAUUUGUUUGGGUUGUUUAUUUGGGAGGGGGGGCUUUUGUCAUUGUUGUUUGUUUUUGCUCUACAUACCCGCGAAACAAGCAUUGUGGGUUUGCAGUGUUCAAGCACUGCCUUCCUGUUUCAAUAAAAAAGUGGGGGGGAGGGGAGCUUGUUGCCAGCAAAA